UCCUCGCCCUCCUCUUCCUGGCCCUGAGCCACACACAUCAUACACCGUUUGUAUGUGUGUAUCGGGUCCAGCCCUUUUCAACUCUCGGGUGGGUCUCCGGAAAGAUAAAAUGAAGACUCGGCAUAUCUAUGCUCGAUCUCAACCCCAGGGGCGACGAUCAAAUGUGGCGUAAUGUUACAGCACGUCAAAAAGAAAUAAUGGCCCGGACAAAAUGGCCGAUAGACCGCGGCGUUAUAGACAGUGUGGCACGUUGCCACGUGGACGAGAUCGGUACCGCGCGUCUCCGUCGUCGGUUCAUUCGACUUGACCUGAUGAUACUUCUCGUCCUUCCUCAGGUGGCACCAUGUCUGACGCCAAAGCGACCGAUUCCAAGGCAGAUGCCACCACUGCUGGAUCGUUAGUAGAGAAGAAGGAGGAAGAUGGGAAGAAGAAAUUGCCUCAGCUUGGAGCGUUGGAAGAUGAUGAUGAGUUCGAGGAGUUCCCAGCGUCAGCCGAACAGUCAGGCAACAUCCUCGACGCAAUGACGAAGAAAGACCCCAACGGACCUGGAGAUCAGUUAUGGGAGAUGAACUGGGAUGACGAUGAUGUAGAUGAUGAGUUCACAAAGCAAUUGAGGACCGCCAUCGCCGAACGUAAUGGGGCAUCAGACGAAGCGAUGAAGGAAUAGACGAUGGUGUACGAGAAGGACCUCUAGUCCAACGAGGCUUGAGAGACGAUGCACCUCACAUUAAUGCACGUCUGCCUGCAUGUAUAGAUAAUUGCGCAUGAUCAGGUAUCGGCCGGUGUCAUUCUGUGCAAGCAGCCCGCUAGGUUUAGGACAUGUAGAAACCGUCUCAAGCCAC